CCACAACACAACACAUAACACCACCACCAAACUGUCGCCAAAAUGCCAAAAGCAGAAGUAGGCUCCACCAAGCACCUAAACAACAAACUAAAGUCCAAGGGACUCCAGCGCCUACGAUGGUACUGUCAAGUAAGCUUCCAACCCCUCCAACUAUGCGUAUGCGCCCCUCAUCCUAACCUAUCCCCCAGAUAUGCGAAAAGCAAUGUCGCGAUGAGAAUGGCUUCAAAAUGCACACCCAAUCCGAAUCGCACGUCCGGAAAAUGCUGCUUGUUGGUGAAGACCCAAAGAAAUACAUAAACGACUACAGCAACCAAUUCCAGAAAGACUUCCUGCUCUUACUGCGCACCUCCCACGGCGAGAAGAAGGUCCAUCUCAACCACUUCUACCAGGAGUAUAUCCAUAAUAAGGAGCAUAUACACAUGAACUCGACGAAAUGGCCUUCGUUGACGGAGUUUGCGAAGUUUUUGGGUCGCGAGGGUAUUUGUAGGGUUGAGGAGGACGAGAAAGGUGUUCAUGUUGCGUGGAUUGAUAAUAGUCCCGAGGCGUUGAGGAGGAGUGAUGCGAUUAGGAAGAAGGAACGGCAGGAUAAAGGGGACGAGGAGAGGGAGCAGAUGGCUAUUAGGGAGCAGGUUAAGAGGGCGAAGAUGGAUGCUGAGGGGAGAGGCGCAGAUGAGGAAGUUGAUGAAGCGGAGCGAGAACUGAAGCGAGAGGAUGGGGAGAAGAUCAAGCUUAGCUUUGGCGCAAAACCUACUGCGAAAGCAGAGUCGUUACCAGUCCCAAUAGUGGAUUCGAAGCCAGAAGCCUCGACGUCACCGAAAGAUGGAAUAGAGCAAGCCGAGCCAGCAGAAAAUAAGACGGAUUCGGUAGAAGCGCCUGCCGCUGAGCCAGCAGCAGCGGCGCCAGCGAAAGUCUCUAUGAAAAUGAGAUUUUCGAGUAAACCAAAGAACGUCUUCGCAGCAGCAAAGAAGAAUGCUCUGGGUGGAAAGAAGUCUAUCGCUAUUGAGCAGCCAAAGAAGAUGAGCGAAGCUGAACGAAUAAUGAAGGAAGAAAUGGCGAAGAAAAGGGGACCUUCCGGAUUUGGGGGACCAGCACAGAAGAAACGGAGAUUUUAGAAUGUUGUAUAGCAAGUGUUCACAAUAUGGAGUUAUGGGUGGUAUGGGAGCAUUUACAUAGGCGCAAAGGGGAUUGGGGAAUAGGCGUCACUUUUUAGAGAUACCACUUGCUUGUGUGAAUUUAGAAAUCAUUCAAAGUAAUAGAAA